AGUGCACCCAGGAAAAUAACCUACGCGUACAGAUUGGAGGGACAUAAUUGGAAAAAUCGGACCAAAAUUGCCCAAAUCGAAUCGAGAAUUUCAUGUUCUUAUAUGCUCUCGGACAAUUGAUACAGAUUUCUGGUCUGGACUACUUAGUGCGGAAACAAUAUCAAAAGAAUUCAAGCAAAUUGGCCCAUUGAUAGCCCAACCCAUUUUUAUAGACUGAACUUUGGGCUAGGCCCAUUUGGAGCCCAGAUUGCAACCACGUUGCUCUCGCUCUCUCUCUCUCUCUAAAACCCUGCGUUUCUGUAGGGAGAGAGGGGGCAGUGACGAACCAGCAGCAAAUGGCGCUAUAUAAAACCGUCAGGAGAGAGAAACAGAGAGCCAGCACAAAAACCCUAGAUAAGCACAAAGCCAUUGAAAGAGGCUGAUUCAUUCUUCGUAGUUCAUCCGCAAACAAUCUCGAUUGCACUUGUUCGUCAAUUAUCAUCUCUCUGUUAUUUGUUAACAGUUGUUUUUAAAGCAUUCAACUUUAAUGGAUUCGGAGUAUCCCGGAAAUACUACUAAUAAAGCUCCUAGGAAGGUUAAAUUUGCUCCAAAAGUUCCUCACAAAGUGUCAACGCCUGUUGUGCCAAAAGUUGAAAAGACUGAAACUAUCACUUCUGAUGAAGCCCAGGCACAAGAAUUGUUGCGACGUUUUAAUGAAGCUUCUUUGAAAGUACAUACCAAAGUUGAGAGGAAAACUGCACCAGCACAAGUUGCAUUCGGUCAUGGAGGUACAUCGACCAAAAUUAAAUCAUAUGGUUCUCCAAAGGGUAGUAACGGCUAUGAAGGUCCAUCUUCUGAGGGCAGUGGUGCCUUUUCCUCAGGCAUGAGAGUGGACAAGGAAUACAAGGAACCAUGGGACUAUUACAGUUCGUAUCCUGUAACUCUUCCGAUGAGGAGGCCAUAUUCAGGAAAUCCAGAACUUCUUGACGAAGAAGAAUUUGGGGAGGCUGCAGAAAGCAUAACACAUGACGAAAAUUCGACAAAAGCCGCAAGAGAUCUUGGUCUCAUGGAUGACAAUCCGGAAGCAAGCAUGUUCUUUCUCCAAUUACCACCUAAUAUGCCAAUGGUAAAGCCAUCUCCUAAGACAGAGGGACAGGAGAUUGCUAGCAGCUCAAAGCCAUCAAAGGGUGCAAGUCCCCCAGAGAAAACCUAUACUUUGGAUGAGCUUCCAGCAGGCUUUAUGGGGAAAAUUUUAGUAUACAAGAGUGGUGUUGUCAAGCUGAAGCUUGGCAAUACCAUUUACGAUGUUUCUGCUGGCUUGGACUGUGUGUUUGCUCAGGACAUCGUUGCCAUCAACACAGAAGAGAAGCAAUGUUGCGUCCUUGGUGAACUCAGUAAGCGCGCCGUUAUAACUCCAGACGUGGACGCCAUCUUAAGUAGUAUGUCUGAUUUGUUGUAGUUUGGUUUCCUUGCCGCAAGAAUUUUGAUUCACACAUGACAAAAUCCGAUUCAUGCUAUUUUUUUUCUGCCAACAAAAGGUAAAAGAGAGUGGCAGCUUAGUACACAUUCUAUUGAUUAUUAUUCAUCAUGAACAUUUAAAGAAAAAAAGUUGAGAAGUUGAAGCGAUGUGUACCAAUAUUUCAUUAAGAAAUAAAACAAAAGAAACGAAAAUGCAUUGCUGCAAUUUCUUGC